AUGGAGCCUGACCGGGAUGGAGGAGAGCUCCUACGAGGACCGGCAUCCGUCGACUCGACGCCGUCCUCGAGCAAUGGCGCGCCAGGCAGGGCCAAUUCGCCGCCAAUCGUGACGGAGACAAGCAGUAAGCCAGCCGAGCACGAUUCCCUCAUUACCGUUCGUCUGUCGGAGCCACCGUCGCUUCACCUGAACACGACCGUGCCCCCGAGUACGAUUCUCGCAAGAACGAGCCCGAUGCCUGGCUGCUGCACGCCGACGACCGCGAUGGACGCAACGAUAGAGGAUGACGAGGAUGAUGACAGCAGCGGUUCGGAGAUCUUUGAGCCCGAGACGUCGGCGUCGAAACGCAGACCUAAUCUCCUCCAAGAGUUGGGCCAGGCAGGGGCGGAUAGCACCGACGACGACCGAGACGGCGGGAAGAGCCGCGAUUCAGGCGAUAGCGCGGGAUGGGAGAGGAUUGACUGGGAGGGGCUACAGGAGAAAGAGGACCAGGAGUCGAAGGCACAUGGCUCCGUGAAGUCUACAGCUUCCCUACUGGCCAAACUACAACACCAAAAUGACACGAUUGCGGCAAACCCAAAGAACGUCAAGGUCAAGGCGGUCGAAAAGCGACGAUCUCGGGAGAACAAGCCUAGACCGCCAUCCAUGGCGCAGCUUCGCAAGAUGGUCAACGGGCCGACUCCUCCCUCUCUGCGGUACUCGACGUUACCGCCGCCGCCUAUGACCGAGCUCGAGUUCUACCUGGCGCUGGUCAAGGACCCGAAGCAGACGGCUGCUCGGUUGCCAACUCUGCUGUCAAACAAGGUCAGGAAGGGUAUUCCACCGCCGCUUCGAGGUGUGGUUUGGCAGAGCAUGGCGGGCGCCCGGGACAGCGCCCUGGAAGAGGUGUUUGAGCGACUAACCGGUGAAUCCAGCCCCUAUGAAGGCGUCAUCAGCAAGGACCUCGGGCGCAGCUUUCCCGGCGUUGAGAUGUUCAGGGACCCCGACGGCGACGGCCAGCGUAUGCUCGGCCGGGUCCUCAAAUGCUUCAGUCUCUACGACACCAAGAUCGGCUAUUGCCAAGGAUUGGCGUUUCUUGUUGGGCCGCUGCUGAUGCAUAUGCCGGACAAACAAGCCUUUUGCGUCCUGGUCAGACUGAUGGAAAACUACGAUCUGCGCCAAUGUUUCGUUCCCGACUUGUCGGGGCUGCACAUCCGAAUCUACCAAUUUCGCGAACUGCUACGACAGCAUCUGCCCACUUUGUCGGCCCAUCUGGACGACUUGCAGGUCGAACCGGCGUAUGUUUCACAAUGGUUCCUGUCGUUCUUCGCCGUAACGUGCCCCCUGCCAAUGCUGUUUCGCAUCUACGAUGUGAUCUUCGCAGAGGGCGCAUCGGAGACCAUUAUGCGGGUGGCGCUGUCGCUCAUGCGCAAGAACCAGACCCGCAUCUUGGCCUGCACCGAACUGGAAGAUGUAAUGCAUCUGCUGCUGUCGAGGGGUCUCUGGGACUGCUACAAUCACAAUGCCGACGAGUUUGUCCAGGACUUUGUCGCCUUAUCCGACAUUGUUACCAAGGACCGAAUGGUAGCGCUCGAACAGGGGUACAGGGAAGCGAAGAUUAACCCCAGCGCCAAUCAGCGUGGGACUGAAGCGGGCACAGCAUCGGCGGAUGUCACCACCGCCGCCUCCCGGUUCCUGGGUCGCAUCUGGGCUUCCUCGUCCACCCCCAGAUUUGCCACGUUCGCGGCAGCAGCGUCGGCAUCGGGAUCCGCGUCUGUCACCAGUACUCUCAAUCCAGGGAACGGCGCUGCAUCGCGCCCACUUAGCAUGCUUCGGCGCAGCACGUCGAAGCAGAGCCUCUCCUCAAUGGAGGCCGUCUCCUCAACGACAUCAUCCGCCGCCAGUGUUCUCAGCUCCAUAUCGACCGAGGCGACUACCAUCUCGCGCGACAGUUCUGCGGACGAUCCCUCUAGAGAAGCUGUGACGACGCCGCCGUCAAAACCGACAUCUACAGCCUUUGCGGGGAGCGUCAAUACCUCAAAAGACGGCAGCAAGUACCUGCACAGUCAGAUUGAGGAUCUGCUCACUGCGCUCAGCGAGCUGCAGCGAAACCACGCCUUAUUAGCCAAUCAAUUACAGAGGGAGAAAGAGGAGCGCGAAGAGGACCGACAGGCCAUCCGCUCGCUGUUGGACGGGCUGCGCAAAAAGGCAGGCGGUGGAAGUGAGGGAAUAUUACUGGGCGGCGCGGAGGACGCAACAGCAUCGCAAGAUGUCGGCGGCGCCACCAACCCGACGGCAGAACAGCUUUCUGACCUGCUCGAUAUUGUCGAAGCGCGGCUCAGCGAGUCGGCGUCCCCGUCGGCAUCCUCGAUCCCGGAGACGAAGUCACAAUUGCGAGAUGAAGUCGCUCGUGCGAGAGAACAACUACUGCAAGAGAGGGCGAAAUCAAAGGAAUACAAUAGAAGGAUACAGGAGAUGGAACAGGAAAUGGCCACCAUGAGAGAACAGUUAAAGGAAAGCCAUGCACAUGUCCGAAAUGUGCACCAAGAGAAGCAACGCCUAGAGAGACAUAUGCAGGGGAUGCGGAUGAGGGCGUCGGACACACAAGCAGGUGCAGAGAAGAGCGAAUGGUUCCCGAAGGCCACAGGCGCCGGCCCCGCUGCCGCGACGGGACUCCGCGAGCUCAAACUGGCCCGCAGCAGAUCGACACCGUCGCAAGCCUCAGCGUACACCAACAACAAACGCGCGUCCUCACUGUCGGUAGCAACGACCAUGAGUGCUCAGCCACCUGCUCCAGCGGCCCAAAACAGCGAGAAUGAUGCAAUCGUGGUUGAGUUGAUACAGGCCAAGACGGCGGAAGCAGUCGCCAGGCAGGAACUGGAGGAAGCGAAGCAGAAGCUCGAGCAGCUACGCAAGGCGUUUGGGCUCGCGCCAGGGGAGAUGCCUCCUGCGAUGGCGCACGGCAACACCGCUGGCUCGACAUCGGCGGCAUCGGGGGCCAUGGGCAUGUUCGGUCGUCUGACGGGAUCUGAGGCGUCGCCCGCGAGAGCCGCGACUGCUCCGCCGGCUAACAACACGUCGAGCGGCGGCUUCUGGGGCUGGAGGCGGUGA